AUGGCAGAGACAGCUCCACCGGAAGCCACCCAGCAGUCGCUGUUAACGGCGGAGACAGCAUCACUCACAACUCCAUCACCACCAGAAUCCGCUUUUGUAGAUGAAACUGAGCCACCUCUGGCUUCGGUGGCUCUUGCAUCAGAGAAAGAGGCGCUACCACCAAGUGAACCGCCACUUACAGUCGAGGAGAGGCUGAAAGAAGCCGUUACUGUUAUAGAAAAGGAUACCCCUCUAUCACCAACGCUCGCGGUGGAGCAUGUAUCCUUCACCUCCACUGAAAAAGAAACCAUCCCAGCACCAUCGGUAUCACAGCCUCUAGCUGCAGCACUGGAAGUGCCACAAGAGUCUGAAUCACCAACUCGGAAAGAAGAAGUAGAACCCAAAAAAUCAAAGCCAAUGGAAAAGAAAAAAGCUCCAGAAUCAAUGGUAUCUUUCAAAGAAGAGAGCAAUAUACUAUCAGAUCUCUCAGAUUUCCAGCGUAAAGCAUUAGAAGAAUUUAAAACCGUCGUCCAGGAGGCACUUAACACCGGUGUUUUCACCUUGGCAUCGCCCUCAGAUACCUCGAAUUUACCCGAAGAAGUAUCCAUCUGGGGUGUGCCUUUAUUAAAAGACGAUAGGAGUGAUGUGAUAUUGCUGAAGUUUCUACGAGCACGAGACUUUAAGGUGAAAGAAUCUUCCACCAUGUUGAAAAACACUAUAAAAUGGCGAAAAGAAAUCAAUAUUGACGAACUGCUAAAGGAAGAUUUGGGGGAUGAUCUUGAAAAAGUUGUAUUUACGCACGGGCACGACAAGGAUUGGCACCCGGUGUGUUAUAAUGUGUACGGGGAAUUUCAGAACAAGGAAUUGUAUACAAAAACAUUUGGGGACGAUGAAAAAAGAAAGAAAUUUUUGAAGUGGAGGAUUCAGUUUCUUGAAAGGAGUAUAAGGAAGUUGGAUUUUUCUCCUGGUGGCAUUAACACUAUCUUUCAAAUUAGUGAUCUCAAGAACUCUCCUGGACUGGGGAAAAAGGAGCUUCGCAUUGCCACUAAACAGGCAUUGCAGGUUCUGCAGGACAAUUAUCCUGAGUUUGUGACAAAACAGGUGUUCAUCAAUGUUCCUUGGUGGCACUUGGCUUUCUACACCAUGAUGAGUCCCUUCUUGACCCAGCGGACGAAAAGCAAGUUUGUGUUUGCUAGCCCAUUGAGAACUCCAGAAACUCUAUUCAAGUACAUAUCUCCUGAGCAAGUACCUAUUCAAUAUGGUGGUCUUAGUGUAGAUUUCUGUGAAUGCAACCCGGAGUUCACUGUUGAUGAUCCAGCCACAGAGAUUACUGUGAAACCAGCAACCAAGCAGACUGUGGAAAUUAUAGUUAAUGAGAAAUGCAUUAUUGUUUGGGAGCUUCGGGUGGUCGGCUGGGAAGUGAGCUACCGUGCUGAGUAUGUUCCUAAUACUGAAGGUGGGUAUACUGUAAUCAUAGAGAAGGCGAGGAAGAUGACCCCAACAGAUGAGCCCGUAAUCUGUAAUAGUUUUAAAAUUAUUGAGCUAGGUAAGAUACUACUCACUGUCGACAACCCUACAGUAAAGAAGAAGAAGCUGCUUUACCGAUUCAAGAUGAGUCCAAUUUAUUUAAGACUUGGCUCUGCCUAUCACAAAAGGCCUGGCAGUGUGCCGGAAUCCUGGAUCAAGAUGGUCCAGAGGAACAGUGCUAAAUUGGACUUCGGGUCAGCCCAGGCCUCCCCUUUAACGACCUGGCCAAUCCCUUUGACAGAACUACCCCUAUGA